AUGCCCCGAAGAGUGAAUAGAUUUGCUAUUCAAUCCGCCAUAUUCCUUGGCAUCUUUUUACUCAUUCUUUAUAUCAACCGUCCGCAAAGUUCGAGUUUGGCGGACAAGCGUUUAGACUGGAAUGAGAUCCGCUAUAAGCCCCAAGAUGGAAAGAAGGUAGACUCGCGGGGCAUCUGUCCCAGUCUUGCCGGUAGCAAGAAACCGGCCUUGGUGGUUGCUCGUGUCGAAGCAGACGGUGACACUUCAUGGAUCGAUAAGCUGGCUGAUAAGUAUCAUACCUGCGUCUACAACGUAGACGCACCGAGUGAUGAGUCGUCAAAGUAUCUGCAAGUUCCCGCCAAUCGGGGCCACGAGGCAAUUGUCUAUCUAACAUUUAUCAUCGACAACUAUUACCACAUACCUGAGUCGGGGGUAGUCUUUGUGCACGGAUCACGUUGGGCUUGGCAUAACGACGUGCCUACCUAUGACAAUGCUGCCGCCCUGGCUGCUCUGGAUACUCACGCCGCUCUUGAGCCUUGGGGGUAUCAUAAUUUGCGCUGCGAUUGGAGUGUCAGCACCUGCCCUGCAUCGGCGAAGCCACAGGGCAGUCUGGAAACGUCCUUUCAGGCCAUGAUAAGUCCAUGGGAUGCACGCUCCGUGUCCGAUUCGGCUCUACCGGCUGCUUUCAAAAUUCUUUUUGGCGACGAUAACGACAAUGUGCUGGGUAGACACGAUACAAUACGCUCACAAUGCUGUGCCCAAUUCAUCGUUGGGCGAAAGAAUAUCUUGCAACACUCGAUCGAAGAAUACUCCGCUCUGCGACAAUGGCUUCUGGAUAGUGGCCCCGAUGCAGCACCGCGCGAUGAUCGUAUUGCAGGCCGUAUUUUGUCUUACAUAUGGCAUAUUUUAUUCAUUAGAAAGCAAGAGAUAGAAAAUGACGGCGCUAUAUCUCUGGAGAAGCUUAAUACGGCAGCAUGUCCACACGCAGCGGACUGCUAUUGUCGCCUUUAUGGGAUUUGCGACCUCGAUAAAUGCACUGAUGGACAUUGCUAUGGACAGUAUAAGAUACCUCCUGACUUUAGAAUACCGGAUGACUGGGCUUUGACUCAUCCUUGA